AUGGCUGAACUCCUCAACAAGCCCCGCUCAGAACUCACGUUUGUUUAUCCUCUUCUCCCUUCAUCUUCUCUAUCUCACUAACUUCUACAGUGAGUAUGAAAUAGCCGAACUAGAAAAAUACGAAUUCUCCGCCGGCCCCCUCUCAAUUCUACAAACUGCCGUUCGCUCUCACAAUCAAGUCCUUAUUUCCUGCCGUAACAACCGCAAGCUCCUCGCGCGUGUAAAGGCAUUCGACAGGCACUGCAACAUGGUUCUCGAGAAUGUUAAGGAGAUGUGGACUGAGACGCCGCGAAAGGCUGAUGGGAAGAAGGGUAGACCUGUCAAUAAGGAUAGGUUCAUCAGUAAGAUGUGAGAUCCUCUAACAUAUUCGCGAUACCUUAGAGACUAAUGUGGAGAUAGGUUCCUGAGGGGCGACUCGGUCAUCUUGGUGCUGCUGAGUUAGGCGGGCUAGGGUCAAGUGGCAUGGCAGUGUAGUAUAUUAAAGUCUGAGAUGAACUGUUGAAUUGGGGAGCGAGGCCUGUUGAACGAUAAUGCCUUUGUGCUUUGAUGAGAAUAUAUAUUUUUACGUGUAAUAGCUUCGCUGAAACCGUCUACUUGGGGGUUUUGCAUGAUUUUGCCGAGGUCACAUGA